AUGAAGAAAGUAACUUAAUCUACUGCAUCUACCUUCCAACCAAAACGAAGUAUAACAAAAGCAAAAACUUAAAAUUAAUUUGAAGAAACAGAUCCUGCUUAAAGAGGUUAUGAAUUUAUAAUAUGAAGACAGGAAAAUAAUCAGAAUGAGAAAUGUUGUUGAUUUAGGAGAUGCACAAGAGGAGAAUAAAAAAAAUUAAAAAAAGAAUGGUAAUUCUAAAAGUUAAUUAAUUAGAAAAUUAAAAUGAUCCUCUUCUUGAAUAACUUGAUUAAUGGCAUGAAAAUAUUAUGUCAAAAAAAAAGACUUAUGCAUUUGAGUAAGUAAAAUAGAAUGAAAACAAUAAUAAAGUGAUUGAAAAUGAAUUCAACUUAGAUCAUGGACCUUAAAUAAAUUCAAAUAUUAUAAACUAAAUCAUGAAGCCUGUUGAGUUACCUAAUUUUAAGAUUGAAGAAAAUAAUAAUGAUGUUUAAGUUUAAUUUCAAAUGCUUAGACCAAAUAAAGAAUCUGGUAAUGUUUUGAAAACUCUUGAUUAAGUAAGAAUUGAAAUGAAUAAAUAAAUAUUAAAUAGUCUUCUUCUUUAAAAAGUAACUAAAAAACUUGAUGAUAUGAAUGUUAAUCGAAAACAUAAAACAAAUUGGAAUAUUUAACGCAUAGAUGAUGAAAUUACUUAAAUAUUUAGAGAUUAGUCACAUGCAUUAAAAUAGAGAACACUAAAUAACUUUAAAGGAUUAACUGAGUAUUUUAGUAAUCCAGCUUAAUAUAUUGAUUAUGAUGUAGUUUUAUCAAAAGCUAAAUAUCAUGCUAAUAGACCUCCAACAUCAUUCCCAACCACUUAAAUUCCAUAAUAAUAACAAAAUUCUACAUCUGCUAAGUCUUUAAUGGAAAGUUAUCAAUUAUUUUAAAUUUAGAUUAAAGAGCAUAAAAAUGUAUUAUUUCAAAUGAGAAUUGAAAAUAAUACAUUAGUAUAAGAAUUAAAUUAAUUUGAAGAAGAAGUUCAAGAUCUAAGAAGAAAGUUCUUUGCUAAAGAAGAAAAGGCAAGAUAAGGAUGGAUACCUGAAUAAUAAUAAAAUGAUGGGGUUCAUUCCAAAAAGAAAAAUUUAAUGGAUAUAAUUUAAAAAAUUAGAGAUCAAAGAGAUAAUGAAAUAAAAAUACGAACUAGAGAAAUAGCACAAUUAAAAAAAUAAAUGUAAUUAAAUAGUGAAAAAUAAUAAUAAAUAUAAAAAGAACUUGAUGAGAUGAGAUAAAAGAAAAGAAGAUGUAAAAUGUUAUUGAAAGAUAUCUUUUUAAAAUAAUUCUAAGAUUCAAAUAAUUCUAUAGUACCUGAAGGAUUAGUUAGUAUUAUAAAAAACAUGAGAAAAAUAAAUGAAAGUGCAAAGCCAGAAUAUUUCCCAAAAUUCUUAGAUGAAAAAUCUAAAAAUUAUUUAUUAUUAGCUGCAUAAUUAGAAAUUGAGAUAGAAGAAACAAGAGUUCUAUCCUAAAAAUACAAUCAUUAAUAAUUAAUAUCAAGGGCUACUAGUGCAAGAUAACAUAUAUCUACUUAAAGAUAAUAAAUGAAUGUUUCUGAAAUUAAAAAUCAAGUGAAAAUUAUGUUAAAGAAAAGUAAAGUUUCAAUUAAAAAACCUGUUUUUGUUUAAGGAAUUGAUCCUAUUAAUCCAAAUUAAUUUGCUCAUGUAAUUAAAUGGGAACAUCAAGAUUUAGAACAUUAAUAAAUUACAGAACCUAUUGAAAAUAAUUUUAAAAAUUAAAAUGUUUCUUCAGAAAGAAAUAAUAUUAUAAAAGAUUAUAAUUAAAAACUAGUUUAAUUAUAAUAAUAAUUAGAAUAAGCUACAAAUGAGGAAUGUUAAAGAAUUUUAAAAUCUUAUUCAAAUAAAAAAUUAUUAUCUGAUAUUUAAGAAUUAAAAAUGGUUUUGUAUGCAUUAUUUGGAUAAUCAUUUGGAGAUUAAUAAUGGAUUCAAUUUGUUGUUGAAUGGACUGAAUAAAAAUAAUUGAAUCCCUUAUAUGUAUUUAAAUAAGAAGAACAAUCUAAAUAAACUGAUUCACGAAAAGACUAACAUUCUAUACCUGAAAAGAUGAAAACCAAAGUAUCUGAAACACUAAAAAAAUUAACAGAAGUUACAAAUGUUGAUUAUAAUUUUGAAUUAUGUUUUUGA